AUGGUUGGUGGAAAGGACGUCGUUAGAGUUCUCGGUCGCUCGGCCUUCCACGACACAUCGCUCUCCUGCGACGGUUCUCUUGCCUACCUCGGUGGUUCCUGGAGCAAGUCCGUCGGUUGCGCGGGCGAAGUUCCCCUGCAGGGAGACUUCAGUGCAGAGCACAUGAUUUACGGCGUGGCUGACGUGGACGCAGCGCGCAGGGACCACCUGGUGGAGCUGCUGGACAUUGAUCUGACGUGGCGCAUGCACCGCGUGUCAGAUGGGCAGAGGAGGCGAGUGCAGAUAUGCAUGGGGCUGCUGCGACCUUUCCAGGUGUUGCUGCUGGAUGAGGUGACAGUGGACCUAGAUGUUGUCGCCAGGAUGGACCUCCUUUCUUUCUUCCAACAAGAGUGUGAAGAGAGAGGAGCUACAGUGGUGUACGCCACACACAUAUUUGACGGCCUGGAGUCUUGGGCAAGCCAUCUGGCUUUUGUCUCCUCUGGCAAGCUGCAGAGGCUCGAGUCUGUGGAACAGUCCCCUCUGCUACACUCAUCAACGCAAGAAACUGCUGAUUUACACAAGCCAAUUUCUUUGCAAGUGCCAUCAUUGCUGGAAAUGGUAGAGCCUUGGCUGAGGGAGGAUAAGGCGAAGAGGGAGAAAGAGGUGGAAGAGGCAAAGAAGAGGGGAGAUGUGCCUAAAAGAGUGGAUCCUUUUGCUGGUGCUGGUAGGCACAUGGCAUACUAUAGAUAG